UUUAAACCUCAACAGACUGGCGGUGAGGACACAGCGUGUGUGCGCGUGUGUGAACGCGUCGCGUGAUUAUCCUACCAGUGAUUAUAUUAUACAGUGCGUGAAGAUGAUGGAUGUGAAUGUUCAUUUGAACAAACCUAACAAUAAUAACAUCACGCCGCCGCCGCCGAUGAGCGAGAAUAAUAAUAAAACUACGACGACGACGACGACACCAAGUGAGAGUAUGAUUAAAAGCGUGCCGAAACCCUUUUCGAUUGAGGCGUUGAUGAGCGACUCGGUGCCGGCGAAGAAGAGACCGUCGUUUGUGGUGCAUUCGUGGAGUAAUCAUGAGACAGGAGUUUCGCCACCUUCGCCGAAUAUUGGACAGCAUUUUGUGGGUAAUGCUAAUAUGAAUACAGCGGUGCCGUUUCAUUCACUGGAUCUUGAGAGGCAUGAGGGUAGUAAUCAUGGGAGUAGUCAUCCGGAGCCAAGGGAUAGUGAUUCUGAUGGGAGUUUGGAUAUGGAGUAUGCGGAGGAUUUAUCUAAUCGAAGUCAAAGAGAAGGUUCAGAUCUAGAUGAUGACCUGGAAGAAACACAAUCGGAAGGACCUGGUGAUGGUACAGCAUCAGCAAAAGCUCGCCGUCGACGUACCGCGUUCACCAGCGAACAACUUCUUGAGCUAGAGCGUGAAUUUCACGCAAAAAAAUAUUUAUCCCUCACAGAACGUUCACAAAUCGCGUCAGCGCUACGUCUGAGUGAGGUACAAGUGAAAAUAUGGUUCCAGAAUCGUCGCGCGAAGUGGAAGCGCGUUAAAGCUGGUCUUGGUGCCGGUCCACAUCAACCCAAAGGAGCACCUGGUGCAACCAAGAGUAAACUCGUCGUGCCCAUACCAGUGCAUGUCAAUCGGUUUGCGGUGCGCAGUCAGCAUCAGCAGUUGGAGCGUGCGCUUGGUGAUCUAGCCGGACGCGUACUUGCCAGCCAUGCUGCGCUACGAGCGGGGUUAGAUCUGCAUGGCUAUCCACCCGGGCCACCGCAUUGAAUGACAAACAUUCAGAGACAAAAAUCACGAAAAUGAAACAGUGCGACAUAAGUGUCAUCGUUGAAGUACUUAGCUUAUAACUUGAUUGAUACACGAAUGCGUAUAUAUGACUAUAAUUACUUUUCGGAUCAUGAGGAUACCUAAUAGGACGUGUAUGAUGGUGCAAUAAGUCAAAAAGUCAUUAAAAAUAUUUAAAACAUAAAAUGCGAAUUGUGAAAAAUAUGAAACAUCUAUUUAAUUUAUUGCGAUAGUUUAUUACGAUUUUCCGGUGAUGUUCGGCGGUUUGUCUAAGUAUUUAGUUAUUGACUCCUAAUGAUAACAGAUAACA